AAGUUCAUGAACUACAGCAUAAACGUGUUGCUCACGCCUACACACUAAAAGCUACCUAUGGACGUAGCAGACAGGAGGAUCUUCCCAUAUGGUUAAAAGUGUGUAAAUGUCUCAUUUAGGUGAAAAGAAACAAUAAAUUGUGUGGUGUUGUAAUAAAACUGUACCUUAUAAUUUAAAUAUAAGCCGAGAAGCAAUUACUUUGAGCCCAAAGUAUUUUUUUAUAGGUGUUGUUAAAAAAUCUAGUCAAUGUAAUUUAGUGUUAAAAUAUAACCGUAAAUAAGAGGUUGGAAAUAAAUUUAAACGUCAAAAUAAGAAGUGAAUGUUUUUUUUAAAUAUGUAUGUAUUGCAAAAAGUGAUAUUCAUGGUAUUUUCUUAGAAAUCAGACAUAUCAAAUGAUAGAAUAAAAUAAUAAUGUGUCAUAAAAAAGAAACUAUUACGAAAUAUAUAAAAUAUACAAAUUAUAACCUGAAUUCAUACAUAUAUGUAAAUACCUAUGGUUUUAGUAUAGCUAAGAGAGAUAGAAAAAGAUUGAAACACAAAUGAAUCAACUUUCAUCAAUCGUAAUCUUUAAAUUAUAUAUACAACGUUAGUGAUACAGUAACUGUAGCUGUUCAACAAUUUAAUAACAAACGUCAUGAGAAUAAAAAUAAUAUAAAUAAUGAGACGAAAUAUAAUUAGUUUGAUUAAAUUAUUAUUUGCUGUAGUACUUACAAUACUACUGACAAUUGUGAUUUUUCGUUACAUCAAGGGACCAUUAAGUUCAAACACUAGCCAUUCAUAUACACUCAAUUAUUGGCUCCAAAAUACUACUCCAAAUAAUCAUCAGAUUAAUGAAGAAUCAGAUGAAAAGAUAGACUGGCAUGAUUAUGAAAAAAUAAAUUAUGAAAAAGAAAGAAGUGGAAUUGGUGAGCACGGAAAACCAGCGACUAUUUCACCAACUGUACCAAAAGAAGAUAUUGAUAAAUUAUACAGAGUAAAUGGCUUUAAUGCAGCUUUAAGUGAUGAAAUAUCUUUGAAUCGAUCUGUACCAGAUAUAAGACAUCCAGAAUGUAAGAAUAAGAAAUAUCUAAAGAACUUAGAUUCAGUGUCUGUGAUAGUAUCAUUCCAUAAUGAACAUUUAUCAACUUUACUGAGAACUUGUUGGAGUGUAAUUAAUCGAUCUCCACCAGAGCUUUUAGAAGAAAUUAUUCUGGUGGACGAUGCAAGUACAAAAGUUGAACUAAGCACUAAACUUGAUAAUUAUGUUAAAAAGUAUUUUACAAAAGUGAUUAUUAUACGACUACGUGUGAGAUCAGGUUUAAUUAGAGGUAGACUGGCUGGAGCUCAAAGAGCCAAAGCUAAAGUAUUAGUUUUUCUUGACUCUCAUACAGAGGCUAAUGUUAAUUGGUUACCACCACUUGUAGAACCUAUUACAAAAAACUAUAAAACUUGUGUAUGUCCUUUCAUUGAUGUUAUUGCUCAUGAUACUUUUGAGUAUCGAGCACAAGAUGACGGUGCACGAGGUGCAUUCGAUUGGGAGCUUUACUAUAAACGGUUACCACUACUUCCUGAGGAUUUAAAAAAUCCAUCAGAGCCUUUCAAAAGUCCAAUAAUGGCUGGUGGAUUAUUUGCAAUCAGUGCCAAAUUUUUUUGGGAACUUGGAGGAUAUGAUCCUGGAUUAGAUAUAUGGGGUGGAGAACAAUAUGAACUUUCAUUCAAAAUAUGGCAAUGUGGUGGACAGAUGUAUGAUGCACCAUGUUCUAGAGUAGCUCAUAUAUAUAGAAAGUUUGCACCAUUUCCAAAUCCAGGUCGUGGAGAUUUUUUAGGGAAAAACUAUAAAAGAGUCGCUGAAGUAUGGAUGGAUGAAUAUGCAGAAUAUGUUUAUCGACGUCGGCCUCAUUUGAGAACAUUAGAUCCAGGUGAUUUAACAGUACAAAAAUUAUUAAGAAAAAAAUUACAAUGUAAAUCAUUCAAAUGGUUUAUCGAAAACAUUGCUUUUGACCUGGUUGAAACGUAUCCACCUGUAGAGCCUGAUGACUUUGCUUAUGGUGAAAUUAGAAAUAUGGGAGUAUCUGAAUUGUGCCUUGAUGCUAAAAAAAGGUCAAAGAAUCAAUUAGUUGUUGUAGACUUGUGUAUCAAAGACAAUGAUAAACUCCACGGAGAACAAGAAUUCCGUUUAACCUGGCGUAAGGAUUUACGACUGAAAACCCGAACAGACUGUCUAGAUGUAUCAAGUGGUUUGCCUAAAGCAAAUGUGACUAUUUAUCCUUGUCAUGGUCAGCAAGGAAAUCAACUGUGGCGUUAUGAUAUCGAAAAGCAGUGGUUAAUGCAUGGACACAUGGAGCGAUGUCUUGAUACUGAUCCUGCUACCAAAAAAGUAUAUGUCACAAAAUGUGAUCCUUCAUCGUCUACUCAGAAAUGGAGAAUUGAGGAGGUCAACAUGAAAGCAAUCAAUGACCAGACGAAAAAUUUGUAAUUAAAAAAUUAUCAACUUUUCUACUAAAUCAACUUUUUAUUACUGAA